UAUAACACACUUUUAAUAAUGUUAGUAAGAAGGAUCGUCUGAUCGAAAUUAAACAGUUUGAGAGUCGUGGAUCAAAAAAAGAUGGGCGCCGCUGAUCCAUAAAAUGAAAUUUCAUAACGUACCUAUUACGCCCUCUUGAAACUAAUCGCUGUUAUCACUUUCACGGUAUUAUAUUAGCCGACAAUAUCAAUACCUAAUCAAUUUGUUGGCUAAUGUCAUUUUUUUUUUCAAGUAUCCCAAUUGUCUAACAAAAGAUUUGCUAAUUUUCUGAACCGAACUUUAUAGUUAUUAGUUUAUUUUAAUUAAAUUAAACAUUGUUUUUGAUAUUUUGCGAGCUGAUUUACGUUUCUCAAUGGACGAUAAGGAUGAUCGAGAAUCUCUUAAAAAAUCCUUACCCUUAGUCACAAACAUUCAAAGUGUCAUCCCGAAGAACAGAUCAAAAGUUCUAAAGUGGAACGGUUGGGGUUAUAAAGAUUCAAAAUUUAAAGUCACCGACAAAGGGAUGAUUCGUUUUACAGGCAAAAGGUACUCUAUUGGAGAAACUGAUUUGCCUUUUUUUACUCAAUGGGUCCAACAAGUAUUAAAUAUUGAUCUUACUUUAAGGAAUGUGCCUAGAGAAAAGUUUGGUCCUCAAGAGCUUCCACCUCCCAAUAUACCAAUUAAUUUCUUAGAUGCCUUAAAAAAAACAAAAAUUGAUUAUACAAUAGAAGGUUUAGCCCGACUUACACGUUCUCAUGGUCAAACACUGUAUGACAUUUACUCUCUAAGACAUGGUAAAUGUUUUCCACGUAUAUGCGAUAUUGUAGUGUGGCCUGUAAAUCAUGAGAAUGUAAUAAAAAUAGUUGAGCUGGUUAAUCAACAUAACAUUGUACUUAUUCCAUUUGGCGGGGGAACUAGUGUAUCUGGAGCUGUAACUUGCCCUUUAAAUGAAAAAAGAUGUAUAGUUAGUGUAGAUACUUCACAAAUGAAUCAUUUAUUGUGGUUGGAUGAAUCAAACUUACUGGUGUGUUUUGAAGCUGGAGUUAUUGGUCAAGAUUUAGAACGUGAACUAAACAAACGAGGUUAUACAUGUGGACAUGAACCCGACUCAUACGAGUUCUCUAGUUUAGGUGGUUGGGUUGCGACUAGAGCAUCAGGCAUGAAAAAAAAUGUUUAUGGAAAUAUUGAAGAUUUAGUAAUUGAUGCAAAAAUGGUCACAUCUAGAGGAGUCAUUCAUAAAAAUAGUAAAGUCCCAAGAAUGUCUAGUGGGCCAGAUUUUCAACAAAUUAUUUUAGGAUCGGAAGGUACAUUAGGAAUAAUUACUGAAGUGACUUUAAAAAUUCGACCACUUCCAGACUGUCGAGUUUAUGAUUCUGUAGUUUUUCCUGACUUUGAGUCUGGAGUAAAAUGUAUGAGAGAAGUAGCCAAACAACGAUGUCAACCAGUGUCUAUUCGAUUAAUGGAUAAUACACAAUUUCGAUUUGGUCAAGCUUUACGUCCUGUUGAGAAUACUUACCGAAAUGUGUUAGACUCUUUUAAAAAAACUUAUUUAACUCGUGUGUAUGGUUUUCGAUUAGAUUCAAUAUGUGUCAUGACACUUCUCUUUGAAGGUAAAAAAUCAGAUGUGAUGUCACAUAAAAAUUGCAUUGCUAAAAUAGCUGUAUCUUUUGGAGGUGUCACUGCAGGAGAAAGAAAUGGAGAACGAGGGUAUAUGCUGACUUUUGUUAUAGCUUAUAUACGUGAUUUAGCAUUAGAAUACAGAGUUGUAGCAGAAUCAUUUGAAACAUCAGUUUCUUGGGAUAAGACUCUUAGCUUAUGUGAUAAUGUUAAAAGAACUGUGGCAAAUGAAUGUAAUAAACUCAAUAUCAAGUAUUAUUUAAUUAGCUGCCGUGUAACACAAACAUAUGAUUCUGGUUGUUGUGUUUAUUUUUAUUUUGGUUUUAAUUGGACCGGAUUAGAUGAUCCAGUAUCAACUUACCAUCAUAUUGAAACAAUAGCACGUGACACUAUUAUGGCUUCUGGUGGGUCAAUAUCUCAUCAUCAUGGUGUGGGAAAACUUAGAGCUCAUUGGUAUGAAAAACACAUGUCCAAUACAUUAUUAUCACUUUACAAUGCAUCUAAAAAAGUUUUAGACCCAAAUAAUGUUUUUGCUAAUGGUAAUCUCAUAAAUUUUCCACUGUCCAAAAUAUGAACAGCUUUGAAAAAUCUAGUCACAUUUUAGAGUAAAUUUUUGAAAGUUAUAAAAUAAAAGGUAAUUUUUAUAAACAAAUUA